AGUACACAGAUUAGUUACUAAUGCUGAAAAAGGCGCUUGUUAUUUGUAUGACUGAGAGAUGAAACCGUGUUUUGGAGGUCUAAAUAGUGCUCCUGGGGGAAGAAGGAAGAAGCUGAAUGCGAUCAAGGAGUUUGAGGAUGAUAUGGAGAAGAGAACUAAACGUCUCCACUCUCAAUUAGAGGAACUCACUGAUUUAGUGGACUCGCUCGAGAUAGACAGACACGAGCUGAUAGGAGAAGGACUGAUAGCAGAGGAUCCGGACACUCUGAUACUAUCUGACGAGGCGAUACACCGGAGAUACGAUAUCAUCACUAAAUACCGGAGUGAAGUGAACGAUAACAUGUCCACUUCUAUAGAUCUGAAACACCACAUCACAAGGCUUCACAGACUGCUGCUGAAAGGGGAGACACUACAUGAUUCCAUAUACCUCCACUUCGACUCUCCUAAGCCAUCCUCCUUACAGAUCCUGAAGAGAGAGCUGUCCCGACUAGAACAACUGAAACAAGAGAAACUAGAGGCGUACGUGGGGGGUCUCAGGGAGGAGAUAGUUAACUUCCAGAAACUGUGCUUCCAGACCAGAUGCGAGGUGUCCAGCAGCUCAGACACAGCCCUCGACAGAGAUAGUGAGCUAAGGACCAGCUCCACAGAUACCCUCGACCUGCCCGACAUCAUCCUGGGUGACAUAGAGAACAAGGACCACCUCUCCAAUACUAACCUCAUAUACGAGACUACAAAGGACACAGAUAACAAUGAGGUGUUGUCCAGGGACAAUGGUAGGAUCUCAAUAACGGAAUAUGUGCCUCAACUGGAAGAAGAGCUGGAGACCUGGGAAUCCUUUUACAGAAGUAACUAUGAUGUGUUCGAGCUGAUCAGAAAGUGGAAGGAGCUCAAUGACAGGUUUGCAGAGCUCGAGACGCCCUCGCCUGAUAAAUACAACAAUCGAGGGGGUUCGUUGUUACAGUCACAGAAAGAAGCAGCUAAGAUCUCUAAAGAAAUACCCAAGAUCGAGAGCAAAGUUCUGGCUGAAGUGGAUAAAACUAUUGGGGAGGAGAUCCGAAUAAACGGGUUGAGUUUAGAAGACUACUUUGUGGAGAACAGAGCCACCACUUCUCUCUCCCGGAUCAACAGUUUGCGGAGGUCUCGUAACAAGUCAGGUAAAGGACCCAGACACUCCCCCUCAAGUGAGGAUCACAGUAUAGCCAGGACGCGGAGUCUACGUGAGAAGGCUAGCCCCGACACCAGGAACUGUAGAGUGAAAUCCCCCAGAUCCAGUGUCAGCAUUGCAGACAGUAAGAGUACUGUAGAUGCCUUGUCCAGGAAUUGUUACGGCCCCACGGCCACGUCUAGGAGGUCUAUGAAAAAGAGGGUUUCAAGAGAUGCUGGUUUGGACAAAGUUGGCCGUUGAAGUGAAUCCAGAAGCUGCUAUUUUCAGAUCUUAAGAAGCUAGAACGGUAACUGCUUCCAUUAUUUGCAAUCAAGAGAUAGAAAAGAAAUAGCUAUGUACAAUAUAGUACAGACAGUACUUAUGUACCCAUUUCAAUGUCAACAGAAUCACAGAUCUGGUAUAACAGAGGAUAAUGUCAGUUCAAAACGGUGGGCAGGAUGUGAACUAGUAAUAUAGGGUUGAUAAGGACGCGAACAAGAGGCGAGCAAGGGCUGUUGCUGGUUUUUGUUGUCUAAAAUGAAUUGUUGCGUACAGGCGAUUUCAGUUGAGUUUUUAAUGUACAGAUUUGUUGUUCAGUGUGAAAUAAUUCUAUUGUAUGUAAAGAUUGAGUGUACAAAUUGAACAAUAUUUAA